AUGUUCGUGGCCAGCUGCGACGACGAGUCCGCCGUGCUGUGUUAUUCGGACGGCGGCGCGGGCAGCGGCAACUGCAAGGCGCUCCGCAUGGCGGAGACGACCACCUCCUCCACCUCGAGCACGGAGACCACGGAGACCUCCACCACAACCGCCACGACCACCCCGCACACCACCACGGAGACCACCUCUGUCUCGGGGACCAGCACCACGUCCUUGCACACGACCUCGGCGACCUCCACCUCCUCGUCGGCCCACACCACCACCGUCACUACCACCACCGCCACCGCGACCACCAGCGACCCGGUGGAGGACUCGGGGAGCCCGGCACCUGGCUUGCUGGGAGCCUGCGUGGCGCUGCUCGCGGCGCUGGGCGUCGGGCUGCGUUGA